UUGAAAAUUUACUGUGAUAACGAACGCGUCGCGCGCGCAACUAUUUUUAAAACAUUUCUUUUCUUUUUCAUUUAUAUAUAUUUUCUCACCAGAAUUUUUUUAUAUAUUGUGUGUGCGCGAAUUGGUGUCUUUUCGAAGGAAUACAGAAGAGAAAAGUCGAACAGAAAGUUUUUUAUUUUCGUUUUUAAAUUGGUUCCGUUCAAAAUUCGGAACAGAAAAAAAAACAUUUUUGUUUAAUUGAUCAACUAAUUCAAUGUUCAAUCAAUUUUGUCGCACCAAGCAAAAGUAAAGAAAGAAAAAUCAUAUUUUGUAGUGCAACGUUUAAUUAUCACUAGAAGACAGUGCUACGCAAAAUAAAUAUUUCGUACUUUAUCCGUUCAAAUCGCAAAAUUUUCAACAUAUCAAACUGACCGUUCAACUUGAAAAUGAGUUAAAAAUGUAAACUCUACAAUUGAAUAAAAGUGAGCAAAAAAGUGCCGUGUCUGCUAUUGGAAAAGCAACUUUAAAAAAAGUACCCAGCCCGCGUGUGUUACAGCGAAAUCACCAACUAUGACAGCGAAGUGUAUCCAAUUGUUCACAUUGAACCUGUAUGUUUUUUACUUCUUGUUGUUGUGCAUCCACAAAGGUCUAACAAUUACCACAAAUCAUCACACACCGCUGCGACACGAAAAACAUUAUAAAUCGUCCGGCUUUCAAUCAUAUCAACAACAGCAACACCAACAUUCUCGACAUACCCCAACAGCAGGAAUCAAUGAAGCCGUUCAUGCGUUCCACCCAUCCAAUAAUUUACAUUUACUGCAUUCAUUACAAUACAAUUCACAUUACAUGAGACGUUCAACUACCACUACCACACGAAAGCCAUACACAACCAGACACAAAAAUUACAAUCAAAGUCCAUUUAAACCAAGUGCCACAUCAAAUAACCAUCAAAAUUCGUUAAAACUCCAUAACCAUUCACACAAACAACCGUUUGGAUACCACACCACACUUACAGCGAUGUCACCGCCGACGACAACGGUUGCACCUGAACAUCUACAUCGCCAUCCAUUCACCCACGAUGAACAUGUUCGAAAAGUUAACAAGGCGGAAAAUCCAUUUUUGACAACAUCGAAAUAUGGGCCAACAGCGAUACCGCAAUCAACAGCCUUAUCAAAACCAUCGACGUCCAUGCAAUCGAUAACAGAAGGCAUAAGGCGAAUACAUUCGACACCACGGCCGCCACACAGACCGGUGUAUCGUGGGAGUGAAGAACAGGAUGAUUAUUUUAAUGAAUUUAAUGAGAAAAAUUAUGAUGGAAGCGAUACGUUCAGAGCGAAAAAUUAUAGAGAAAUAAUCGCUGAUGGCAAUCGAGGGAAGGAAAUGAAUUUGAAAAAUGUUAUAAAUGAUGAUGAUGAUAAUGGGGAUAUCGCGGAAGUGGAUGAAGAAGAGGAAGACGAAGAUGAUGAUGAAGAAGACGAAUAUGAUUAUCUAGAUGAUGAAAGUACGUUGGAGGAUUCAGGCCGAGUCGGAAGCCUUACUAAUGAAAAAUGGGAAAACUAUGGAACGCGUGAGGCCGUAGACAAGUCACGUUCACAAAUUGCACAGCGUUCUCUUCAACAAAUGGCAGUUCACAAUGUAACCGCGCACAUAUCUCGAAUUUAUACGGAAGCUUUGUGCAAAUUCCCGAAACCAAAAAUUAUUCCAAUCGUGGCUGCAUCAAAAACAUACGUUCCCCAUUGUACCGUUCUGCAUCGUUGCGGAGAUGAUACUGGAUGCUGUCACACGGACGCUUUAACUUGUGUACCAAAACGAACUGCCACAGUGGAUUUAUAUUUUUAUGUCUCAACAAUGGAGAAACGCGAACCAUCCGUUGAAUAUCUAACUUUCAUCAAUCACACCGAAUGCCAUUGCUUAAGCAGACACAAUCCGGCGAAUCUGCACCGCAACAAUCCGUACCAUGUGUCACCAACCACGGCGAGCAGUUCGUCAACGGUAACCGAAAAUAACUGUCGAUGUGUGAGGCACUUUACAGUUUUUCACGAACGUGUCGAGUCCGAAGAAGAUGAAGGACUUGCGAAAACCCGUUGUCGAUGCGAUUGUGAACCGGAAAAUGUCAAUUGUGAUUGGUUGAAAAGGGGAAUGGAUGGAUUUUCCAUAGAAAAUCGACGGUGCAUUGAGGACAGACGAUGUAGUCGUCCAACAUGCCAAUAUGGUCAAUAUAACACAACGAUUGGCCGAUGCCCAAAGGUCGAAGAUAAACUGGCCGAUGCGAGGAAAUCGUCCUUCAACGAAACAUCCAGGCUACGAUUCGACUAAAUAGAAAUUAAAUUUUUACACAAAU